AUGGGUGACGAGGACGUUGCUGCUUUAGUAAUUGACAAUGGUUCUGGAAUGUGCAAAGCUGGUUUCGCCGGGGACGAUGCGCCUCGUGCUGUGUUCCCGUCAAUUGUUGGCCGGCCACGACACCAGGGUGUUAUGGUUGGUAUGGGCCAGAAGGACAGCUACGUCGGUGAUGAGGCUCAAUCAAAACGUGGUAUCUUGACUCUGAAAUAUCCCAUUGAACACGGUAUUGUGACCAACUGGGAUGACAUGGAGAAAAUUUGGCACCACACAUUCUAUAACGAGUUGCGAGUUGCUCCCGAGGAACACCCGGUUUUGCUAACCGAAGCCCCACUUAACCCCAAAGCUAAUCGUGAGAAGAUGACUCAAAUCAUGUUCGAGACCUUCAACGCUCCGGCAAUGUACGUGGCUAUACAAGCUGUGUUGUCUCUUUACGCAUCCGGUCGCACGACUGGUAUUGUGUUGGAUUCCGGUGAUGGUGUUACACACACUGUACCUAUCUACGAGGGCUAUGCUCUGCCGCACGCCAUCUUGCGUCUGGAUCUUGCUGGUCGUGACUUGACCGAUCACUUGAUGAAGAUACUCACCGAGCGUGGUUACAGCUUCACCACCACUGCUGAACGUGAGAUUGUGCGAGAUAUCAAGGAAAAACUGUGUUACGUCGCCCUGGACUUCGAGCAGGAGAUGGGCACGGCGUCCGCCAGCUCAUCUCUGGAAAAGAGCUAUGAACUUCCUGAUGGUCAGGUGAUCACCAUUGGCAACGAGCGCUUCCGUUGCCCAGAGGCCCUGUUCCAGCCUAGCUUCCUCGGUAUGGAGUCAGCGGGUAUUCACGAGACGACCUAUAACUCAAUCAUGAAAUGUGACGUCGAUAUUCGCAAAGACCUGUAUGCCAAUACUGUUCUUUCCGGUGGGUCCACCAUGUAUCCGGGCAUUGCUGAUCGUAUGCAAAAGGAGAUAACUGCUCUUGCACCCAGCACCAUGAAGAUCAAGAUUGUUGCCCCUCCGGAGCGAAAGUACUCUGUCUGGAUUGGUGGUUCCAUUCUCGCUUCUCUCUCCACAUUCCAGCAAAUGUGGAUCUCGAAGCAGGAGUACGAUGAAUCUGGCCCGGGCAUUGUGCACCGCAAAUGCUUCUAG